GAGCCGUUGUGGGUUCACUUAGCAACCGCUUCGCUUAACGACCAAGUGGCUGCUUCCCCGCCAUGGGGUCGCUAAAGGAGCGUUCCCUGCAAAGAUUCAAGCAACUUGAAAGGCAAUUAAAAAUGGGUUGCACAGAGUCCAAGUUCAACAUCCUCCCAGGAAAGGGAAAGCAGAGAGAGAACUCGAACUCGACUCUGGAUGUCCGUUAUACCACCGAACCCACCAUCAAGCAAAUGGGCAUCAAAGGAUCUAAGGUCCAGGAGACAGAUGAAUUGGAGGAUUUCGUCGUGUUGGCCUUGUACGACUACGAAGCCAUUCACAGGGAGGACCUCAGUUUCCAUAAAGGGGAUCGUCUCAAGAUUUUAGAGAAGUCGGGCGAGUGGUGGCGAGCCAAGGCCCUUUCGACCAACAAAGUGGGCUUCAUCCCCAGCAAUUAUGUGGCCAGGAUCAACUCCCUGGAGACGGAAGAGUGGUUCCUGACAGGCAUGAGCCGGAAGGAUGCCGAGCGUCACUUAUUGGCUCCAGGAAAUUUUAUUGGCUCGUUCAUGAUCCGAGACAGUGAAACAAGCAAAGGGAGUUACUCCCUCUCCGUCCGAGACUUUGAUUCCCAAAACAAAAUGGACGUGGUGAAACACUACAAGAUUCGAACCCUGGACGACGGGGGCUUCUACAUCUCUACCCGGACCAACUUCAGCACUCUGCAAGAACUGGUCAGCCAUUACAAAGGGAAAACCGAUGGAUUGUGUCAGAAGCUGAGUCACCCCUGUGUGUUGCCGAAGCCCGAAAAACCCUGGGAGAAGGAUGCCUGGGAAAUCCCCAGGAGCUCCCUAAAAAUGGAGAAGAAGUUGGGGGCCGGACAGUUUGGAGAAGUCUGGCUGGCCACCUAUAACGCCCACACCAAAGUGGCUGUGAAGACCAUGAAGCCAGGCAGCAUGACGGUGAAGGCCUUCCUGGAAGAGGCCAACAUCAUGAAGACCCUGCAGCAUGACAAGCUAGUCAGACUCCAUGCGGUGGUGACCAAGGAAGAACCCAUUUUCAUCAUCACCGAAUUCAUGGAGAAAGGUGAGAACCAGCAUUCCUCAUCGUGACCUAACUUUGAAUGGUCACUAUAUGAAUGG